AUAGAGUUUGAUAUAUUGGUGGGUGCAUCAUCUAUGGCACGCUUUGGUAUGGAUAUAGGUGGGGCACUAUGCAAAGUUGUCUAUUUUGAGCCCGCUAGACCAUCUGAAGACGAACAUUUAGAGCCAAUAUCAUGUAAAGGCAAAUUACCGGACCAGCUGAGAAAUUCAGAUCAACAUAGUAACUCUGAGGGUGGAAUGCAAGGAUGUAUCAAUAUUGAUGGUAUUAGGACUUCUUUUAGCUACAGCGAAUGGAGAAUUUCCAAAGGAAGGGGAACGUUCCAAUAGCCAUCCAGAAAGUAAUGUUCGCGAGAUAUGGCUAUCCAGCCAUGUGCCUGUUGAUUUGCCAGCUCGUGGAACUCUUCAUUUCAAAUGUUUUGAGACCCGGAGAAUAGAGGAAUUUUUGAGACUUACACAAGAACACUCUCUUGUUGGUCAAGGCCGAGCUAUUGGAGCGACUGGGGGUGGAGCUCGAAAAUUCUUUGACAGAUUUUUUGACAUUGCUGGUUUGUGCCUUCAGCAUUAUGAUGAGUUAAAGAGCUUGGUGCGAGGUAUCAACUUUUUGGUCAGGAAUGCUCAACAUGAAAGCUUUGAGCAUCCUAUAGGUUCAUAUAAAGCAGGGCAUAUACAACGUCCUUGGAAGUCACAUGAAAAUAGCAGUGAUGAUGAUGACAAUGAUUGUCGUCUUAGGGAGAAAGGAAGACAACAUGGUGGGGACGAGAAUAGUAUGAAACUUCAUUCCAAUGAGGAUGCCAUUGAAAAGUGUGAUGAUGGAGAGAAGCUAAGGACUACAGCAGUCUCAGAAAGCCCUCAUCCUGAAAGAGAUGGCAACAGUGUAUUGUUAGAUGGGAGCCGGAACUUGUACCCCUAUCUUGUGGUAAAUAUUGGGUCUGGUGUUAGCAUUUUGAGAGUGGAUUCUCCAGACAAGUUUCAGCGUGUUGGUGGAACAAGCCUUGGUGGAAGCACAUUUUUGGGGCUUACAUCAGCAUUAACAGGUUGCAACAGCUUUGAAGAAGCUGUUAAUCUAGCUGUGAGAGGAGACUCAACACAAAUUGAUAUGCUUGUGGGAGAUAUAUACGGUGGUGACUAUAUGGAGAUGGGUCUAGCAGCAACAACAGUGGCAAGCUCAUUUGGGAAGCUCGUUGAGCCAGCUAAAAGGGAUGCAGCAGUGAAGACACCUGAGCAUCUGGCAAAAGCAGUUUUACUAAUGAUAGCAAAUAACAUUGGCUCAAUUGCAAUGUUGCAUGCUCGUGCAUCAGGUGUUGACCAUGUUUUGUUUACAGGCAGUUUUUUACAUGGCAAUAAAGUAGCAACAAAGCUAUUAUCAGUUGCCAUGCAAUUUUGGUCCAAAGGCCUGAUUAAGGCAAUAUUCUUGAGGCAUGAAGGGCAUGCUGGAGCAGUUGGGGCAAUGCUAUAUGCCUUGGAUCCAACUUCAAAGGAAGAUGCUAUCUUACUAGCAUAAUAAUUUUUAGUUCUGGCAAUAAUGUAUUCAUAUAUUGCUACGGGAAUGGCAAACUAAAUUACUAAUGAUUAAAAAGGAAUUGCUUAAUAGGACAGCAUAAUUCUUCUUAUGCGUUUAUGUCAACCCUAGGUACUUCUGUAUAUAUUUAUUUAUUUAUCUCCAGUUUCUAGAGAUGGACAAGAGUGGCAGUAAUUACUUGGUAAUUUGUGUAUAUAAUCUCUCCAUUAUCUCCAGCCUCUAGAGGUGGACACUUAGCAGUACAUAUUAAUGGUGUGUAAAUAAACGACUUUGGGAUGCCCAUGCCCAAGCUGGAAGAGGCCUUUAAUCAAACAGGGAAAUUCCUUGAAGUAUAAUUGUCGCUGAAAUUAUAUCUGAUUUAAUAGAAAUAAUUACCCCAUAAGCAACACAUGGGGACAACUGCCUCGUUUGGGUUUUAGAAUAAAA